CCAGCUAGUCGCAUUCAAACCGCGAGAUCGAGCACAUGUUCCGUCCUGCCGAUCGUUUGCUUUUCCACUUGGUUCUGCGUCGUAGUUCGAAAACAACAAACUUGCCGGUAGGCUCGAGCGCGCCGCUAUCACCGGGUCAUGCCGUUAUGGUAAUCGUGGAGUCGUCGAGAGAGUGAUAACAAAUCGUGUCGAACCAACGUAGUGAAAAAUAAAGAAUCAAAAAACCAAACCGGUGAAUUGAACGGGAAACUGCAUUCUGAACGUAUGUAUGCUGUGCAAUGCUGCGAAACAAGUGAAAUUAAUGGUAAUUAAACCUCAAUUGAAUGUGCAUCGCCCCUCGGCUCCACCACCAUGCUGGUGAUACCCAACAGAGUGUGAGUUAGUGCCAAACGAGAAAUGAGAUUCGGUCCAGCCGUAAAUCGGAUUGAAGCACCCGCGAGCGCAAGCUGGUUUGUGUUUGUGUGCAGAAGAAUUAAUGCGUGAGGGAAAUUUUAAUGCAUUGAUUUAAUUGAUGGGAAAAGGCCACUGCGCGCGACAAUGAAUCUCCAGUUUAUUAUUGAUGAGUGAAUUUGUUUGCUUUCGAUUGUGCUUGAUGGUGUUGUGUGCGGAGAAGAGUGUUCCAAGUUCACGGUCAACGUUGCUGCUAUUUGAUUAAAGUGAUUCAUUCUGAGGGGAAGACCAAUAGCGGAAAUAUGCUAGUGAUUUAAGCCUACCAUCGAACCAACGUAGUGAAAAAUAAAGAAUCAAAAAACCAAACCGGUGAAUUGAACGGGAAACUGCAUUCUGAACGUAUGUAUGCUGUGCAAUGCUGCGAAACAAGUGAAAUUAAUGGUAAUUAAACCUCAAUUGAAUGUGCAUCGCCCCUCGGCUCCACCACCAUGCUGGUGAUACCCAACAGAGUGUGAGUUAGUGCCAAACGAGAAAUGAGAUUCGGUCCAGCCGUAAAUCGGAUUGAAGCACCCGCGAGCGCAAGCUGGUUUGUGUUUGUGUGCAGAAGAAUUAAUGCGUGAGGGAAAUUUUAAUGCAUUGAUUUAAUUGAUGGGAAAAGGCCACUGCGCGCGACAAUGAAUCUCCAGUUUAUUAUUGAUGAGUGAAUUUGUUUGCUUUCGAUUGUGCUUGAUGGUGUUGUGUGCGGAGAAGAGUGUUCCAAGUUCACGGUCAACGUUGCUGCUAUUUGAUUAAAGUGAUUCAUUCUGAGGGGAAGACCAAUAGCGGAAAUAUGCUAGUGAUUUAAGCCUACCAUCGAAAUCGGUCUCACCCGGAGGAAUUCUUCACCCACGCCACCAUUCAGUCAGUACCCGAAGGGUCCUCGUCCGUCGAGCAGAAGAGCAACACGCUUCAAUAUUCCCAUGCGAAGGAAUUCGCUUCGGUCAUGCUAUUGACCAGCGACCAGCGGCAACGCACACAAACCACGCAAAGUCAUAUCGUUCGCCGAGAAGAAUAAAAGCCAUCUCAUUCAACGAUUGAAUUAUGCUCCGGCAUGCGUCCACCUAAUGAUCCGUCGUCGUCUGUGUCGUCCGUCCAGUGCAAACCAAUCAAUGGAACCGUGUGUCAUUGUUUUCCAGGGCCUGCGUUUCUUUUCGGGCCGUGGCGUUUGGUGAUGUAAGCUCGUCUAAUUGACCCGAAGUGCGUCUUCCACGUCCGCGGUGGAGCCUGUUGGAUGCUGGGUAAAUCGCGGCAUCGGGAAUUGCGUGCCGUGUUGUGUCUGCGGGGAUUUUUUCGAUUAACUUCUCGAUGCUCUCAUCAACAAAUGUCCCGAAGCCAAACAAAGAACCAUGAAUCUUGUUGGGACCCAUCCAAAUAGUGAAGUGUAUGGCCAGCCAGAGAAGCUUUAUGCGCCGGAAAAUUGGGAUUUCGGUUCGUAGCAAAUAGUGUCCCCAUUGCAUUGCAGAGAAAGAUCCUGUCCGUAGUGUUCAAUUUUAAAAUUUAUUCUUCGAGGAAAAUACGAUUGCUCUUAGGGAGGGGAGCUCCAGUUGUGAUUCCGUAUCAUAAAUAAGUUCCUGCAGUGAGUUUUUUACGUGAAAAGUUUUCCAACAGAGCCGCACAAAAUGGCCAAGAAGAAGAAACAGCAACAGCUCCCGAUGGUAGUUCCGACGACGAGUACCGGCAGUGGAGCCAACAACAGUGGAAGUCAUUUCCACCAGAAUGGCGGCGGCGGCGCGCACAAGAAGCUGCACAAGACUCGUGACUCGGACUGCUGCAGCAUCAAUUUCGUUAAAUACGUGCUUCAUAUAUUCAAUAUCAUCUUUUUCAUGUCCGGUCUGGUGAUAAUGGCCGUCACGGUUUGGACCGUAUUCUGGAAGCAUCAGUACGUCUCGCUGCUGUCAACGACAAACUACGCCAUCGGAACGUAUUCGCUGCUAGCGGCUGGACUGCUGGCGCUUUUCGGUGGAUUCAUCGGAUGCUGCGGAGUUUGGCGAGAGCAACGACCGAUGCUGUUACUGUACACCUUCAUACUGCUGUUCGUGUUCCUGCUGGAGGCCAUCGUCGGAGGGCUGGCUUACCUCUACGAAACGCAGAUCGAACUGGAGCUGCAGCACAGCCUCAACAGCACCUUCAUGGAGCAGUACGGCGUUAGCGAGCGGCAAACCGAAGCCAUCGAUCGAAUGCAGCAAGAGUUUGGCUGCUGUGGCGCGGUACGAUUCGAGGACUGGCGCUACAGCGUGUGGCUGCGGUCUCGUCGGAAGGAUCUGAUUCGACCGACCGAAGGCCGCCGGGUGCCGGACUCUUGCUGCAUCAGCAUGACACCAAAGUGCGGUCUAAGCGACGGUCCGAGCAACAUUCCCUACACGGGAUGCAUCUACAAGAUGGCCGACGACCUGAAGCACCAUCUCAUCCUGCUGGGAGCGAUAGGACUGGGGAUUUGCGUUAUCCAGGUGUUCGGCAUGAUACUGUCCUGCUGUUUGUACGUGAAGCUGAAGGAUGUGCUCGAUUGACAAAAGCCAGCGGAUCCGAUAGUUGAACUAAUGGAUCCGCUGCCGGACAACAUCAGCCUUAUCUACGGCUAUGACGACCAAACGAUUUGAGCCCAAAUACUGGCUCGUGGCGAGGAGAGGGGGAGCUGUUAUCGAAUUGAUUUCACGGUGAAUAUUGUAUUUAAUAGAAUUAGGACGUCUAGAUGUGACCGUGCUAUGAAUUAACAGUUGUACAGUUUUUUUUUAAUAUAGAUUAAGAGUUUAGUCGUUAGAUGUUGUAUGAUUUCAAGAUUUUAUCUCAACAGAAGUAACUAAUAUUUGUUAUAAUACUUGAAGAAAUAUUUAUUGUGAAAUAGGAGUGUACACACCAUUGUAAAAAGUACAACUUUUGAAUCAAAGUGAAAUAUAGUCAAUAGAAAGUGCGAAGAAAUACGUAGCUUAACGAUAUCGAUCCUAUUUAUAGGUGUAAUAGAAAUGCAUUUGCAAAUAGACAUAUUA